AUGGCUAGAAAAUCGCUUGCUCUGCAUACUCUUCUUCUCGUUGCGGCUUCAUGCUUCUACAAUGCAGAUGGCUGUGACUUUGAUCUGAUAUUGGUGUAUGUCUGCCAUAUACAACAAUCUGUACCCAUAUGCUAUGCGGAAUACCGCUGCCAUACACCAUUUCUUCGACUUCCCAAGCGGAGUGUGCCAGAUGAUGGCAUCAUUGAAUGCGUACCAACGAAAUUGAGUGAAUUCGACUGUGAUGAAGACGACCAAGUCAGCUAUCGCGAGUUUGUUGUAGCUUUGACACUCGAUGAAAAUAACGAUACAUCUAGAAGAGCUUUUGAAGAUGCAGAUAAGAACGGAGAUAAAUAUUUAAACGCAGAAGAACUGAGGAAUAUGGCUGCAAGAAAUCGCUACUGUCUGCAAGAGCAAAGUCGCCACCGGCAAGUGUUCGAUGAUCAACUGCCAGGAAAUUUUGACUUGUACGAUACAAACAAAAAUGGAGAGAUCGACGGGAUAGAAUUCAGCGAUCAAGUAAACAAAAUACACAAUGGAACCAUGACAGUAAAUAGUUUUGGCAUGAUAAUGAAGAAAAUGGCCGGAUGUGAUGGCGUCAUUUCUAGAGAAGAUUUUGACAUGGCUGUGGGCGUGACGAUGCCGUGGUUGUUCCAACCAGGUGACGGAGAGGAAGGAGACGAGCAACAACAGCUGCUGCAAAAACAAAUAGAGGAAGAAGCUGAGCUAGAGAAAGACGGUGAUCCAGCUGACGGGUACGACGGCCAGUCGAAAAACGUGAACGAUAGUGACGACAAAGAAGACAAGGAAGGUGUAAAAGCAGAGAGGCAAGAUGUUGUGCGCAGAGAAUAGCGUUUGGAUGUCACAGCUGAUUGUCUGCGGACUCGUCUGCAACGGGACUAAAAAUAGCUCGUUAUAGAAGUACUAGGUGUUGUUCUUGCUGUUGCUGCAUGCUGAUAAUUGUUUCUAUACGUCUGCAUGCAU